GUUGUGAGAUUCCAUGAGCCAUUCCUUUAACCAUGCAAAUGGAGAUGGUCAAGACUCAUAUGUUAAUGAUUUUUGCUGUCUUCUUAGUAUUUCUGCCCAUGAUGGGGGCUCAGCCAUUUCACCACUCAUUUUGUGCCUCCCAGUUUGCUCUAGCAAACUUUGCAUGUGCAAGGUUACCAUACUUCCCAUUGCCACCUCCACCACCACCUCCUGCUCCACCUUUGCCGCCAUCUCCUGCUCCACCCUUGCCGCCAUCUCCUCCUGCUCCACCCUUGCCGCCAGCUCCUGCUCCCGAAGAACAUAGACAUCACCGUGUUCAUCAUCCAGGACAUGGAUAUGGACAUGGUCAUGGUAACGGUAAUGCUCUAGGACAUGGUCAUGGUCAUUUUAACAGUAAUGGUAAAGCUCCAGGGCAUGGACAUGCUCAUGGUGACAAUCACGGUCAUGGUCAUAGUCUAGAACAUGGACAUAAUCAUGGUAAUGCUCCAAGGCAUGGAGAUGGUAAUGAUAAUGGUCAUGGCCACAAUCUAGGACAUGGACAUGGUAAUAAUAACGGUCAUGGUCACAAUAUGGGAUAUAAACAUGGUCAUAUUAACGCUCCAAGGCAUGGACACAGUAAUGAUAAUGCUCACGACCACAAAGCACAUGAACAUGGUCAUGGUAAUGCUCAAAGGCAUGAACAUGGCCAUGUUUAUACUCCAAGGUAUAGGCAUGGAAGCAAUCAUAGUCAUGGCCAUGGUAGAGAUCUGGAGAAUGGUCAUGAAGGAUAUAAUGAAGUAGAGAGGCAUGAACAUGAGCAUGAAUCCAGGCAUAGGCAUAGGCAUAGGCAUGGACACAGGGGUGGUGGAUAUGAAUCAUCUGUGCAACAAGAUUGUUGCAAGUGGCUGAAUCAGUUAGAUGAUGAGUGUGUUUGCGGCCUGCUGGUUCGUUUGCCACCAUCCCUCUCCAGGCUUGCCCAUAGGUAUACUCUCUACGUUGAUGAGUCCUGCAGCGUAACUUAUAAUUGUGAAGGACGACUAUUAAGACCAUAAGAGAAUUAUGACUUAUGGUGGUCGAUAAUGUCUAAACUCUGUUAAUGUGAAUCUGAAGCAAGUAGUGCACGGGUAAACUAUAAUGCUCUGGUGUAUAAAGGUACUAUCUUAUAUUUCUGAUAGCUUUGGUUCAACUAGUGUUCACUAGCUGGGGGCAUCACGUUCUUAAUUAAGCUAUUUUAUAUAUUUAUGUACUUUGAUUGUUCAAGCCAAAGUCAUUGGCAUGUUACUACUUAUUUUGAUAUGUGAAAAUAAAAGCUUAAAUAUUAUAAACUCA